ACACCCCGUAGUUUCCACCGUGGCUGCUUUCCGCAACCUUGCGUUCUUCUCAUUGUCCGUUCUAUCGGCUGUCAUUCUGUUGCGCUCAAGUACCUUAGUCUCCCGCGUUCUAGCGCCGUUGUUGCACCGCAGCAUGUCGACUACCAAUGGGACCAGCGUGUCUCUCCCAAGGACGCAGGAGGACUGGAAGAAGGCGCUGGACGAGCUACCAUCUACCCCUGACAAGAUCCCAGCGUUCUUCUUCGGACAUGGUUCGCCCAUGCUCGCCUUCGAUGUAGCUGACGCCGGUACGAUGGGAGAAGUUGGGAAGGCCAUGGGUCCGAAAGGCAACCUGGCAACCUUUCUCAAGGACUUCGGUCCUGCCUUGCUCUCUAAGUAUAAACCCAAGGGCAUCGUGGUGUUCAGCGCCCAUUGGGACACUGCGGGAGAGCGUCUAGUGACCGAUUAUGGGGACGAGAACCCGCUGCUUUACGACUACUACGGCUUCAAGCCCGCACUGUAUCAGUUGAAGUUCAAAUCCCGCGGUGAUUCGGCAUUAUCUCAGCGCGUCGUGCAGCUGUACAAGGAUGCUGGCUAUCUGGCCAGGACGACUUCGAAGCUGGAACCGCGCGGUCGGGAUGGCCGAGGAUUCAAUGGCCCCGGUCUUGAUCACGGAGUUUUCGUCCCAUUCAGGCUUAUGUUCGGCGAGGAGUUUACGGACAUCCCGAUCGUCGAAGUCUCUAUGGACUCAAGUCUGGAUCCCCAAGCUAACUGGCAGAUAGGCGAGGUGGUAGAGCCGCUAAGACGGGAAGGCAUCCUUGUUCUCUCCGGAGGUCUUUUGAUACAUAACCUGCGGGACUUUUCGGCGUUCUCAGAGACUACCGCCAAUAGUGCUGUCAAGGACUUCAACCAGGCUAUUCUAGACGCCGUUACAGUGAAGGACCCUGUCGCGAGGAAAGAAGCUAUGUUGAACCUUGUGAAACACCGGGGAUUCCGACAGGCUCAUCCAACUGCCGAUCACUUCGUUCCUUUGUACAUUGGGGCUGGAGCUGGUGGGGGGAACGCAGAUGCGAAGGUGCUGGCUGCCAUUUACGGAGCACCAACUAUUGCGUUUGAUCCGUGAGCGUUGUAGGUCGCGUUGACAUGAGUGAUGACCGCCGCCCGCAAAGCAAUGUAUUGUAUAAGAAGAGCCCGCGCAGAGAACAUCGCUAUCCGAUAGUCCAUUUCGGCCACAUAAUGGCGAUGGACAUAAC